AAGAAAAGAAAGCUGUGUUUUGUGGAUUACACAGGGACAAAUUGGGAAUGUCAAUAUCAGAUAGACAUUUUCCCCAAACCCGCUUUUUCAUCCCCGCGUUUCUCUCUCAUAAACCCACAACCAUAAUCUUCUGAAACAAAUCUAUGUGUUUCUCUCUCUCUCUUUCUCUUAGGGUUUUCAGAAUUUGAUUUCCUACUUAGUUCAUGAAAUCUGGAUUGCAAUUUCCUCAAUAUUGUUUGAGUUUCUUCUAGAUCUGGCUGCACGUUCUUCAAUGUCUUUGCUGCUCGAUGUUUUUUAUAAACUAAUGUUUAUCUCAAGUCGUUUACUUGUAUCAUCUUUGGUUUUACCUUCCGAAGAUGGUUGUCUUCCAACAAAUCAUUAUGAGAAUCCGUAGUGUAAAAUGAGCGAAAAGGAGACUAUGACGAUGAAAACAAAGCCGCCUCUUGUACCACUUGGAACUCUGAUUGGUCGUGAACUUAGGCAUGGGAAUGUGGAGAAACCUACAGUUAAUUAUGGACAGGCGGCAUUAGCAAAGAAAGGGGAGGAUUAUUUCUUAAUCAAACUUGAUUGUCAGAGAAUUCCCGGCAAUCCAUCAACAUCUUUCUCAGUUUUUGCGAUAUUCGAUGGGCAUAAUGGUAUAUCCGCUGCUAUUUUUGCAAAGGAAAAUCUGUUGAACAACAUUUUAAGUGCGAUUCCUCAAGGAUGUGGUCGUGAAGAGUGGCUUCAAGCACUUCCUAGGGCAUUGGUUGCAGGAUUUGUGAAAACUGACAUAGAGUUUCAACAGAAAGGCGAGACAUCUGGUACAACUGUUACAUUUGUUGUAAUAGAUGGGUGGACUAUAACUGUCGCUUCAGUUGGGGAUUCAAGAUGCAUAUUGGAUACACAAGCUGGUGUUGUUUCACUACUAACAGUCGAUCAUAGGCUUGAAGAGAAUGUUGAAGAAAGAGAGCGUGUAACAGCAAGUGGGGGUGAAGUAGGACGCCUCAAUAUUUUCGGAGGAAACGAGGUUGGCCCACUUCGAUGUUGGCCUGGUGGGUUGUGCCUUUCAAGGUCAAUUGGUGAUACAGAUGUUGGAGAGUUUAUUGUCCCAAUACCUCAUGUUAAACAAGUGAAACUCUCAAGUUCUGGUGGAAGACUUAUAAUUGCUUCUGAUGGUAUCUGGGAUGCUUUAUCAUCUGAUACAGCAGCUCAAUCUUGUCGUGGAUUGCCUGCAGAACUUGCUGCAAAGCUUGUUGUUAAGGAGGCUCUUAGGUCAAGGGGACUAAAAGAUGAUACAACCUGCUUGGUUGUUGAUAUAAUUCCAUAUGGGUAUCCAGUGUUGCCUCCAACACCUAGAAAGAAACAAAAUCUGCUUACUUCAUUAAUUCCUGGAAAGAGAUUUCAAAACUCUAUGAAUAAAGUUCCAAAUAAGCUUUCAGCAGUUGGGACUGUAGAGGAGCUGUUUGAAGAGGGUUCUGCAAUGCUUGCAGAAAGGUUGGGAAAGGAUCUGCCAUUAGAUUCAAGCACAGGAAUGUUUAGAUGUGCGGUUUGUCAAGCAGAACAGGAGGAGCAAAGUGGAUCUGGACCACUCAUGUUAUGUUCAAAGUGUAGGAGAAAGAAAGAUGCAAUGGAAGGGAAAAGGGCAAGCAGCCUACACACAAUCACAAUAUAAGUAAAACUAAAACCUAAAAGUAAAUACUAAUUAAUUAAAAUACAUUCUUUCUCAAUUCUCCAUUGGCAGUUGUGUGAGCAUAUGAUGAUGAUCUGUUUUUCUUUUUGUUGUCAUUGUGAUGGUUUACGGAGCUUGUAUGUGUGUGUGUGUUUUUCUUAUAUUUUGUGCUCUCGGCUGUUGGACUCACUAAUUAAGAACAAUUAUAUUAUAUAUAGUAGUGUGAUAGGAUUUGAUUGUGAAAGUAAAAAUGUUAAUGUCUUUGUUACGUUAAUUUGAUAUGAUUUCUGUUUAAGCAUUAUUUAUUAGUGUAUUCCUUUCUUCUUGUUUGUUAUUGUUCGAAAUAACGUCAAAGUUAAUUUGAUAACAUAUAUUCCAUUAAAAACAACAAUGUAUGUGUGCCUUGAUGAUACAUGUAUUCCAUUAAAAACAAAGUCCGAUAAAAACUCAAAACAAUGCUCUUUAUGUCAUAGUCCAUUUUGUUUUUCAUGGCCUCAGAGGCUUCAAACCAAGUGAAGCCCGAAUCCUAUUAGCUUCUGCAAUCUCAGGAUCCGGAUGAUCCGUUCCAUCAUCCUUUUUCUUCUCCUUCUCCUUCUCUUUCUUCUUCUUGGCUGGUUUCUCAUCAUCUUGCAUCCUUCUAGGGCUACCACUGCUGU